AUGCAAAGCUCUGGCGUUGGAGCACCGCCUGGUGGUCCACCCCCACCAGGACCACCUGGCGGCCCAGGAAUCCCACGCGCCUCCACCGCCGACGACGGAGACAACCGUUCUCGAAAUGCCAAAGCCCAGCGUCGCCACCGAGAAAAGCGCAAGGCACACUUCAAGGCCCUCGAGGAGCAAGUACAAAUCCUCACUGCCCAGCUCGAGGAUGCUCGACGACAAGUGGCAGCUGCGCAGUACGCGAGCAACACACGUCUCGCGUACUCCCCCGACGACAAGGGGAUGCAACAAUUAGUAUCCGAGAACGCCUACCUCCGCGAAGAGAACGCAGACCUGCGUCGCCAGGUCUACUCUUUGCGAGUGAGUUAUGGUGGUGGACGCGACCCGGGCUCGGCUGGACCCCUCCCACCACCACCCGCGGAUCAACCGAAGACGACCACUGGCAUCUGGCCAGAGGUCAAGACUGAGGCGGCACCCUAUGGUGUUUACAGUGCACCCGGGAGCGCGGUGGUGUCGUCACCUCGCCUUCCCGGUUCUUCGCAUGCCCGCACUCAGUCGCAUCCUGGCGAAUUUGUUCGCGAUCCUGCUGCAGAGCCAUCAAGUGCUAAUUCUUCCUACCCCCCACCCCUUUACCAGUUUGGGUCAGUGGUCGGCGACGACUUUCGGGGACCUGAUCCCGCGCGUCAUCAGCCACAGCGCGGUUCCAGCUCCACCUCGUCGAGGGGCCGUUUGAUGUCUUCCUCCUCGGCGCCUUCUCCUUCGCCGUACGUGACCUCGGCUCCAUUCCCAACAGAUCCACGCGCACACGCGCUUGGCGGGACGCCAACGCAGCCGUAUUUGGUUCGCUAUGAGUCUGCAGUGUACCCACCAGCGGCGCCACCUCCGCACAGUCUCCCGCGCUCUGCCGUCGGGUCAGGGAGCAGUGGAAGCUAUGCGCACGCAACGACACCCGUCCAGGCCUACGUUCCCCGUGCCGAAGGUGAAGUAGCCUGGGGCCAGGACGUGAGUUGGGCGGCGCCCGUCACCGGGCCGCAGCCCUGA